AACCCGAGGGCGCCCAGGGCGGGAUUGGACUCGGCGUGGGCGUGAGAUGGCGGCGGCAGCGGUGAGCAGCGCCAAGCGGAGCCUGCGGGGAGAGCUGAAGCAGCGUCUGCGGGCGAUGAGCGCCGAGGAGCGGCUACGCCAGUCCCGCAUACUGACCCAGAAGGUGAUUGCCCACAGUGAGUAUCAAAAGUCCAAAAGAAUUUCCAUCUUUCUGAGCAUGCAAGAUGAAAUUGAGACAGAAGAGAUCAUCAAGGACAUUUUCCAACGAGGCAAAAUCUGCUUCAUCCCUCGGUACCAGUUCCAGAGCAAUCACAUGGAUAUGGUGAGAAUAGAAUCACCAGAGGAAAUUUCUUUACUUCCCAAAACAUCCUGGAAUAUCCCUCAGCCUGGUGAGGGUGAUGUUCGGGAGGAGGCCUUGUCCACAGGGGGACUUGAUCUCAUCUUCAUGCCAGGCCUUGGGUUUGACAAACAUGGCAACCGACUGGGGAGGGGCAAGGGCUACUAUGAUGCCUAUUUGAAGCGCUGUUUGCAGCAUCAGGAAGUGAAGCCCUACACCCUGGCGUUGGCUUUCAAAGAACAGAUUUGUCUCCAGGUCCCAGUGAAUGAAAACGACAUGAAGGUAGAUGAAGUCCUUUACGAAGACUCGUCAACAUCUUAAAUCUGGAUUACUACAGCCAAAUAAUCAGUGUUUUAUAUGAGAGUAAAGCAAAGUAUGUGUAUUUUUCCCUUGUCAAAAAUUAGUUGAAAUUGUACAUUAAUGUGAAUACAGACUGCAUUUUAAAAUUGUAAUUAUGAAAUACCUUAUAUAAAACCAUCUUUAAAAACCAAUAGAAGUGUGAAUAGUAGAAUAUUAAUUAAAAUGGAGGCUAUCAGCCUGUGAUUUUCAGCUU